UGUCAGCCAAAAUGGCUGCGCCCGGGCGACUUGAGCGAAGGUUGGAGUGAGCACUCGCGUGGCUGAUGGAGACCGGAGGAGGCAGCGACCGCUGGGAGGAGAGCGUAAGGCUCAAGAUGGAAAAUCACAAACCAGAUGGUACUGUCAAGAACUUAAUUGAAAUCAUAACCAGAAAAAUUAACCAACUUCCAGAAGCAGAAAGGAAUCUGCUUGAAAAUGGAUCAACAUAUAUUGGACUUAAUGCUGCUCUCUGUGGCCUAAUAGCAAAUAGUCUCUUUCGACGCAUCCUACAUGUGACACAGGCUCGUGUAGCUGCUGGCUUACCAAUGGCAGUGAUCCCAUUUUUGACGGCACACGUAUCUUACAAAGGUUUUGUAAGUUUACCUUUGAAUACAGGUGAUUUACAUUGUGAAACCUGUACCAUAACACGAGGUGGACUGGUUGGUCUUGUUUUUGGUGGCCUGUACCCUGUUUUCUUGGCUAUCCCUGUGAAUGGUGGCCUAGCAGCCAGGUAUAACUCAGCCCUGCUACCCGAGAAAGGAAACAUCUUAAAUUACUGGAUUAGGAUUUCUAAGCCUGUCUUUAGAAAGAUGUUAUUUCCCAUUUUGCUCCAGACUGGGUUUGCAGCAUACCUUGGGUCUAGACAAUAUAAACUACUUAUAAAGGCUCUUCAGUUACCUGAACCUGACCUAGAAAUUCAGUGAUGGUUAAGCAAAUCUGUACACAAAAAU